UUCCGCCCGCGACGUGCGCAGGCGCACAGGACUCUUCCGCCACGCCGUGGCCCUCCGCGGUGCCUGCGGGUUGGGAUGCUGCAGCUCGCGGUGGGUCGCGGCGUUUCGGUCCCUGCUAGACUCUUGUCUGCUUCCACAAUGCCUAAGAAAGCCGGUGCGACGAGCAAGGGUAAAAACCAAACCAAGGAACCAGAGACACCACUUCCUCCUGCAGGGCCUGUGGCCACUGAUCCUAAAGGUUGUAUCACCAUCGCUAUCCAUGCCAAACCCGGCUCCAAACAAAAUGCUGUGACAGAUCUGACCACCGAGGCCGUUGGUGUGGCAAUUGCGGCACCUCCUUCAGAGGGAGAAGCAAAUGCAGAGCUCUGUCGGUAUCUCUCCAAGGUCUUGGAGCUCAGGAAGAGUGAUGUGGUUCUGGAAAAGGGUGGUAAAUCUCGGGAAAAGGUGGUGAAGCUCUUGGCCUCGACGACUCCAGAAGAGGUCUUGGAGAAACUGAAGAAGGAAGCUGAAAAAAAAUAAAGUCAGGAAAUGAUAAGCUUUAAAAUUCCUUGCUGUGGGAGCUGAAGGGAUGGCUCAGCGUUAAGAGCAUUUGGUGCUCUUCGAGGGGACCCGGACUCAGCUCCCAGUACUCAUAUCAGAGGGCUCACACUGAAACGCCAGUUCCAGGAUGUCCUGGUAUUCUUCUCUGACCUCUGAGGGCACUUGCAGGUAUGUGGUUCACGUAUGUAUAUUCCAGGCACACACAUACACGUUAAAUAGAUAAACAAACCUUUAAAACCCUGAAUGCAAGCAGCCUGAAAUAUGUUACCCUAAUUUCAAGGCAUCACCACGGAACAGCUGGACAAGCCAGUCAGGACGCUGGCCUCACCCUUUGCUACCCACGAUGGUGCCUCUCAUCUGCAGACUCUGGGAGACCAGUUGAGGAUCACAACGUACAAGGGGACAUAAGAACCCAGCUCCCUUACUCGAGGUGGUGCCGUGAGCCUCAUGUCUCAGGGUUUCUGGAUUCUGGGGCUUUCUAAAUCAGUUUACAAGUGAGAAACCUCAUGCUGCCUCACAGUCCCAUCUUCUAUUUCAAGAUGUUUAUUUAAAUGCAAAAAUGGUUUUUAUAUCUUUGAAAAAUUACAUGGAACAUUUUGUGGAAAUCAUAGACUUGUAAUGCAAUGUCAGUUAUUUUUGAAAACCUUGUAAAUCUUCAAAUCUAGAAGUUCUUAGGAAGCUCUAAAGAUCUUAAAAGAAUAAAGUGGCUGGAACAGUG